CCACAAACCCUAACUGCCCUGCAAUCCUCCUUUUGACUCACCCCCCAUUCUAAAUAUGCCUACUCUCUCACCUCACCUUCCAUCUACUACCAAUUUUCUAGCCGUUAGACCGACCCCAACCCCUCCUUUCUCUCUCUAAAACUCUCCUUCUCUCUCUAAAUGCAAACCAUUUCACUCACUCGCACCACAAUCACCACCAAUCACACAAUGUCUGCAAUCAUUUCAAGAUCAAUCGAUAAUAACAACAACCCAAUCAAGCCCUCGACUUCGUCGUGUUCGGAUUUUUCAGGGAAUCAAACGGGGCCUAAAAUCGUUCCCUCUGUUUCCUGUUCUUUGAAGCGAAAGAGACCGCCCGGAAUUGAGAUACCGAACGUCCUGCGCGAGAUUCGUACCGAAACAGAGCUCGCAUUUCGAGACAGUACUCACCGCCACGACACCGUCUCUUUCGGUGGGUCUGGAGUUGGGGUUCUCUCCGUUAAAGGGAAGAAAAAGUUCAUGGAAGAUACCUACAAGAUUAUAUCUUGCUCACAUGGCAAUAAGGGAUUUUUUGGGGUUUAUGAUGGACAUGGAGGUCGGAAAGCUGCAGAUUUUGCAGCGGAGACUUUGCACGCGAAUAUAUUUGAAAUGUUGGAGAAUUCUACUAGGGAUUCAGCGAAGGAGGAAUUGGUUAAGGCUGGGUAUCUAAAAACAGACCAGGAGUUCUUGAAACAGGGUUUAGGUAGUGGUACUUGCUGUGUCACAGCCUUGAUUGAGGGGAAGGAAAUUGUUAUUUCAAACUUGGGAGAUUGCAGAGCAGUUCUCUCUAGAAGUGGGGUGGCUGAAGCCCUUACAAAAGAUCAUAGAGCAGGGCAGGAGGAUGAAAGGAAAAGAAUUGAGGAUAAGGGGGGAUAUGUGGAGCUUCACCGGGGAGCUUGGAGAGUUCAUGGGAUACUCUCUGUUUCUAGAAGCAUUGGAGACGCUCAUUUGAAGGACUGGGUACCGGCAGAACCUGAUUUACGUACCCUAUUUUUGACUCAGGACAUGGAAUAUCUUGUUUUAGCUUCUGAUGGACUGUGGGAAAAGGUUGGCAAUCAAGAAGCUGUUGAUAUGGUGAUGCAGUCAUGUUUAGUUGAAAAGAAACUGGGAUCUACAGGUCACAAUGGGGAAGAAAAUGAUGACAAAACUGGCCUCAUAUAUACAAGUCCAUCAUCAAAGUUACGGAGGAUUUCUUUGGUAAAGCAAAAGAAAAUGAUGGGUCACUCCCCAAGCAAUAAGAAAUCAGUUGAUAUCUCCAAAGAAAAUGAAAACGAUUUCGCCUGUGAAAAUGGAAGCCCCGCAUCAAAGGUUCGAAGGAUUUCAUUGAUCAACCAGAUAAGCAUGAACCAUCAAUCUCCGAAACUAGGGAAUAGUUGCUAUAAGACAUCAGUUGAUAGCUGGAAAGAAAAUGAGAAUGACUUCUUCACCUGUGAAAAUGAAAGCCCCCCAUCAAAGGUUCGAAGGAUUUCAUUGAUCAACCAGAUGAACAUGAACAGUCAAUCUCCGAAACUAGCGAAUAGUGGCUAUAAGAAGAGACCUUCCUCCGAUGGCCUUCUCGCUGCUUGUAAUGAGCUUGUGAACCGUGCUGUGAGUAGGGGUAGUUUGGAUGACAUCACUGUGAUGAUAAUUGAUCUAAACCAAUUCAAGUGUGGGAUUCCUGCUUGUUUUUCGUCCCGUGAGAGGCCAAUUGAUGACCCUACUAAUGUCAUAACAAGGUCAGGCCAGAGUUUACUAAUGUCAGUGUAUCGAACAAAGAUCGCUGGUCAAUGUCGUUUGAUCACCAUUACAUGGUACAAGAACUUGUUACUCCAUGGACUAACUGUCUCAAUUCAAGUACCAAAUGGAGACAAUCACUGCCACUGCAAGGUCGAGCUGAAACCAUGGCUCUUCUGGCGAAAACAAGGCACAAAGCAUUUGGUUGUGGAAGGUAAGUCCAUUGAUGUGGUUUGGGACCUCAAGGCUGCAAAAUUCAAUGGCGAGAUUGAGCCACAAUCGGAUUAUUAUGUCGCAAUUGUAUGUGAUGAAGAGGUGGUCUUACUCUCUGGUGAUCAAAAGAAGGAUGCUUACAGAAGAACUGGUUGUAGACCAUCUCUCAUUGAGCCUGUCUUGGUUUCGAAAAAGGAACACAUUUUUGGUAAAAACAAGUUCUUGACAAGAGCAGAGUUUCAUGAAAAGGGAAGGUUUCAUGACAUUACAAUAGAAUGCUAUUCUGUUGGAGGGUUUGAUUCAGAAAUGGAGAUCAAGAUAGAUGGGAAUUUAGUCAUUCAUGUGAAGCAUCUUCAAUGGAAGUUUAGAGGCAAUGAGUCCAUACAUGUCAAUAAAGCUAGACUAGAAGUGUAUUGGGAUGUCCAUGACUGGCUCUUUAGUUCUGGUUUAAGGCGCGCACUAUUCAUAUUUAAGCCAAUUCUAUCAUCACCAUCAUCAUCCAUAUCUCCAUCCCCAGCUUUGGUACCAUCAUCAUCAUCACUGACAUCGACGUUGUCGACGACUCUGGUGGCAAAUUCUACAUCAGCAGAGGAGUAUAACGCAUGUGGGACAUCUGAGUUUUGCUUGUUUAUAUAUGCUUGGAAAGUUGAUUGAAUAUAUGAUGAAUGUUAGAUUGAAUCAUCAUCAUCAACAUCAACAACAUACAUACCCCUUCAUGAUCACCAAAAACAUCACAUGGGUGUUGUUGGGACAAAGUGAGAAGUUUGGGGCUUAGUUACAGCUGGGAUUUUGAUGAUUAGACAUGACAUAUUGGAUCACACCUUAAUUCUCCAAUAUUUGAUCAUAUAUGUAUCAUCCAGAGGUUUGGCAAGAGUUUUUAUGUUAAUUUAUAACAUGUAAUUUUAUAUACUUGUUUAGAUUAUAUUUAUUUUAUUUAUGCUGUCAUGCUUUUUGUGGAGAAAAUUCAUGCAAUAUUCACAUUAAUUUGGCAAA